AAUUUGAAAAAGCAGGAAACAGCCCCUGCAUGCAAAGCUUCCAGCCUGAGAACUCCCCAGGCUAGUCUUCCAAGCAGCCGUGUAGCCAGAGACCCUUGAUAUUGUGGUCACGUCCCUCAAAAGUGAACAGUCAACCAUCGGCACUGUUUGGAUGAAGAUGUUGCAGAUGCUGUGGCAUUUUCUGUCUAGCUUUUUCCCCAGGGCUGGGUGCCAAGGCUCCAGAGAGGGGAACGAUCAUGAAGUCAGAGGCACCCAGGCUUCUGCUCGGGGAGACCAGAUGCCAAGCUUUUUGGGGAAACAGGACGGAAGGGCUGAGGCCACGGAAAAGAGACCCACCAUAUUGCUGGUGGUUGGACCAGCAGAGCAGUUUCCUAAGAAAAUCGUACAAGCUGGAGACAAGGACCUCGAUGGGCAGCUCGACUUUGAAGAGUUCGUCCAUUAUCUCCAAGAUCACGAGAAGAAGCUGAGGCUGGUGUUUAAGAGUCUAGACAAAAAGAACGAUGGACGGAUCGAUGCUCAGGAGAUCGUGCAGUCCCUGCGGGAUCUGGGAGUCAAGAUAUCUGAACAUCAGGCAGAAAAGAUCCUCAAGAGAAUACGAACGGGCCACUUCUGGGGCCCUGUCACCUACAUGGAUAAAAAUGGCACGAUGACCAUUGACUGGAAUGAGUGGCGAGACUACCACCUUCUGCAUCCCGUGGAGAACAUCCCCGAGAUCAUCCUCUACUGGAAACAUUCCACG